AUGGUCCUGGAUACCUGGGCCAGGAUUGUCGCUAGGAUGUCCUGUGGAUAUGACCUACUGAGGGAGCUCCUCUACAUGGAUUGCAAGUGCAGUGGGAUGCCGAGUGUUGGAGGGGAGAAGGCGACACCAACCACGGCUGGAGAGCUGGGAUCCAUUCCGAAUGCCGCUGUUGACCUGGGAGGAUUUGGCUGGCCCUAG